AUGGCACAGAAGAUUGGAUGCCGUCGUAGCAAGGGUUAUCUCGGUUACAGGCGGCAGUGGUACGCAUAUUCGUGGGGCAUCAUUAAAGGCGAGAAGCUGCAUUAUGCAAAGAGCGACUCGGAUUCGACGCUUGCUUCCGGUGCUUCUCGUCCUCACAUCCAUGUACAUGAAUGCUUGCAGUCGAAUUUGAAUAAAGCGACGGGGAGUGCGAUUGUUAUAGAGGCAUUUCGCUCUACUGCAACCGGACAGCUGGUGCGGUGUGCUCAUGAUAUUACACUUUCGCCGGAGGCAUGCAGGCGUUCGGCGAGUCUUAGUUCUUGCUCGCCAACAUACUGGCGACUUUAUCGACGAAUGAUCAUGAAUCAUGAAUCAGGUUCUCCGUACUUCAGUAGUCCCGGUUGGAAAAAGGUAGUACACGCCGAGGCGACACGUUUACCAAUCCUCCGCUUUUUGUAUCGUGAGCAUCGGAAGAACUUCUUCCUUUCAAUACUUAAGCUCGUUCCUAACGCGUGGAGUGCCACGCAGCUCGUCUUCGCGUCAACAUGCAUCGCUAAACGUUCGACAAUGCAAUUCCGAAGAAAGGAUUAUGAUAAAUCAGAUCACGAAGAAAGUACGCAAGCACCUAGGAAGGUGCCGUUAUACUUUAUCUCGGUCUCUCGGUGCGAGAGACGCGCAGGCGUGGCAGACGCGAGGAAAGUAUGGAUGAACGUGCUCCACGGCACUCUACAAGAUUCCACACAACUCGACCACAAGUGCGAAGACGACGCAGGCCUCGAGGUUGACUCCAUGCUCACUCACUUGCCUUGCUCAAUCCAACUAGCCAGAGGUCAGCCUGUAGGUAUCCAAUGCAUCCAGGGUGCUCCAAAAGCAUUCAGAAGGCGCGAACUGAUGAUACCCGAAGCCAAACUUAUACGUCUACCGUCGUGCCAGCUUGAUUACCCCUACUGCGCUGGUUCAGCGGUAACUCUGAUUUCAAGUUUGCUCUGGCUGGGUGCCGAGUCUGGAUUCUCCCCGUUAUCUGCGAUUUGA